AUGGAGUUUCUGCUGGCCCUGGCCGCGACCGGGCGCUCACACCUGGAGGACCUGUCAGUCAGCUUGGAGAAUUGGGAACUGGAAAACAUGAACCAGCAGCAGGCUCUGCUCAAGGCGCUGCCCCGCCUGCCGGCGCUCAAGCUCCUGGAGGUGCGAGGCGUGGCCAACGACGAUCUCCUGCUCGGCAUCACGCCCGGCAACGCGCCGGCCCUGCGCACCCUCGAGGUGCUCAGAAUAAUAGGCGUCAGGUGUGCGCAGGCCGCACUGCAUCAGGAUGCGGUGCAGAAACUCCUGUCAUUGAACCCCGAGCUGAAGUUUUCCACGUAUGUGCAAAGCUAUUGCUACACAGUGCUGGGCAGCGAGUUCUGCUCCGGGUACAGCGACGCCCUGGGCCGCUGGAACGCCGGCUUCUACUGCCCGCCGCGCGAGGACGCCAGCGACGCCCUGUUCUGCUGCGGCGGCGCCACCUACAAGUACUGCUGCACGCAGCGGGAGCACGCCACCGGCGAGGACCUCGGCAACUUGCCGCUGAUCCUCGGCGCCGCCCUGGGCGCCACGGCCGCCCUCGCCAUCAUCAUCCUGGUGUCGUGCUGCUGCUGCUCGUGUUGCGCGCUCUACAAGUCCAGGAACUCGCCCAAGCAGGCCAACAAUGGCCCCGUGUACCGCAUGCAGACCUCGUCCACGGCGAGCGGCGUCGCCAACAUGUACUCGUUCUCCAACCAGAACAGCCUGGCCACCACCCCCAUCGACACGGCCGCCUCGCAGAUCAUGGUGGAGCUGGAGCCCGGCACCGGCUCUCGCACGGGCACCAUGGGCCGCGGCAACACCUUCAGCGCGAGCGGCGCGCGCACCCUGCAGCGCAACGGCAGCCACGACCCGCCGCCGCCGUACGACGCGGGCAAGUCGCACCACACGCUGCCGCACCAGAGGCACCACCACAACCCGCACCACCCGCACCACCAGCAGGCUCAGCAGGCGCAGCAGCAGCAGUACCACCCCGGCGACAGCCCUCCGCAGUCGCGCCAGCACUUCACCCUGCCGCGCUCGCACGGCGGCAGCGCGCAGGCGGCGGCCCAGCAGGCGGCCCAGCAGGCGGCUCAGCAGGCGGCGGCGCAGGGCGCCCGCAGCCCCAUCAGCACGUUCCCGCAAGGAGGCCAGGGCAGCACCUUCGGCCCGCACCCCACGGCCACUCUGUCCCGGGUGCCGCGGGCCGCCCCCGCCCACCACGCCGUCCCCGUGCCCGUUGUGAGGCCGCCGCCCGGACCGCUGCCCCCGGGCCCCCUGCCCCCCGGGGGCCCCACCAGCCCCACGCAGCUGCGCAGCCCCGUGGACUCGCCGCACCGCGGAUUCCAAACGCACACUCUGAGGCACCCGCCGCCUAAUACGGUGCCCAUCAACUCCGGGGGCUACGGCAUGACUCACAGCACGAGCAGCACGUUCCAGCCGUGCCCGCCGCCAUCGCAGCAGCAGAUGCAGCAGAUGCACCAGCAGCAGAUUCACCAGCAGCAGAUGCAGUACCACCAGCAGCAGCUAGCCCAGGGCCUGCCUCCGCCACCAAACAUUCCUGCGCCGGUCCCUAUGGGGCCCCCCGGGCAGCUGAUGGGACCCCCAGGCCAGCAGAUGGGGCCUCCAGGCCAACCAAUGGGGCCCCCAGGCCCAGGCCAGCAGAUGGGACCACCCGGCCAGCCAAUGGGGCCCCCAGGCCAACCGAUGGGCCCUCCCGGCCCGCAGAUGGGCCCUCCUGGCCCGCAGAUGGGACUAGCGCCCCCAGGAGGAGGUCCUCCGAAGGGUGGGCCGAUGGGCGUGCCGGGUGGCCCCACCAUGGCGACCACCAACGGCGGCGCCGUGCCCGUGAACCCCAGCGAGUUAUCACCCAGCGACACGCUCUAUCGCUCAACCAAGUUUUGAGACCGUUGUCGCACGCCACGCCCCGCCGCACCCCGCCCCACCGCGCCCCGCCCCGCCUCGUCAGUCCCAAAGGGUGGGGUGGAGAUAACGGGCUGGGCGGGGCGGCCGAGCUGCUCACUGCUCACCCUCGUGUCGUAAGGCGUCGGCAGACAAUAGGCGGCUAACGCACUAUACACCGCGAGAGCUGCGGACACCAUAACUCUGAAACACAGCCUACAUUUCCCAGAAAAAGAAAGCAAGUAGUUCCGCAUUCAUAUCGGCCUAAUUCCCAAAAUCUUAUUGAUUGCGGGAAAAAUGAUAUAAUGUGUGAAGUUGUUUAUAUUGUAUAUAAUUGAUGUAAAGGUAUUCGGAGAAUGGGAAAUCCGUCUGAUUCUUUUAGUCUCUUCGUCAUAUUUUAUGUGUACGGUAUUCGUUGUAGUUGAUUUACUGUUUAAGAAUUUCUUUAGCGAUACUUCGGCCUCAGCCUUAGUUGAGCAAGUGACACACCGCCUGAUUAACCAUUACAAGUAGCCGAUCCUGGUUCCAGAGUCGCUCGAACAUAUCGUUCGUCGCUCAGGCCUGAUCUUUAGAGUAAACUUAAUUAAAUUCAAUAAAUUGGUGAUAUUGAUGCUAAGUCGACUUAAAUUUAAUUAUGAGUAAGUUUUUAAUAUAUUGUCAAUUUUUUACCCUCUUGUUCUCAAAAGUCUGAUGCACAAAUCUCUUUUGAUUCAUGUAAUUUCUUCUUGAAAUAGUUAUUUGUAGACAAAACUACAACCAAAAUUUAGAGGCUCAGUGGUUUGACGAAUAAGAAAUUUUACAGACUGCUGAUCAAAUUGUAAGAUUGUUCAGUCGCCAAAGUUAUCAAUUUUCCCGUUCCUCAUCUCUUAGCUCAAUUUUCGGUGUGGAAAGUCUUAUGACUUAAGGCACACAGUGCACAAGGAGACUGAUUUUAUUUCCUCACUACUACUACUAUCAAAAAUCUAAUUUCGAAUUUUUUGUUCGGUGCUUAAUUAUUCAUGUCUAUGUGAAGGGUUUUUGGUCGAGUUCACACAGUACCGAUCAGAGGAAGCGCUCAAUAAGAAUUGUAAAUUAAGUAGGAUUUUCAACGGUCUCGAUUUUGAUUGAUCGACCAGCAUGUAUGUCGGGUUGUGUGAAAUGUAGCUUGAGUUAACACGUUGAAUGUGGUUCGCCCCAUGCCCAUGCCCCUCCCAUUCAUUGUGGCUGUGCUGUUAUUUCAGCCCAACGUCCGUCUAGACCAGUUUGCUCGCUUUCUCCCAAUCGCAGCCAACACGAAGAUUUCGAACGACCUCGACUUCUGUUGCAUUCCCGAGUGCAGAGAAGGCAAGGGCCAGGGCCUUGCCUUUCGCCCUUGCUUCACCCCACUUGCUUGACUUGCUUGGGUGUCGCGCUCAAUUGUCUCGGAUCAAGUCGUGUUCUCCGUCUUUUGUCACCGCUGCAUUUAACGUGUUACUAUUUCCAUGUUUUUGUCAUACUGUUUUUGGCGAGAAUAUGUUUAAGUCUAAUUUGUUAUUAACGUAAAAACUCAUGUUUAAUCACGAGUGAGGUACUUAGCUUUAUUUUUCGUUUUGAUCGAGCAGUGCUCGCUUGCCGGCUAGGUAACCAAAGAAAAGUAGUCGAAUGAGCCCGAAUCAAACAUGCGUCUGUGAGGUUCGGGCGUCGGUUGAGAUACCAAUAGUUUUUUGAGCUCUUUAGAUAAAUUGUGUAUUCGUAGAUUAAGGACGAAUGGGCGACUUGGCAGCCGCCAGAUGUUGUCAUUUUCUUAGUUACAUGAAAAGAUCGAAUUAUACUUAAGCAGAGGUGAAAUAAUGGGGACCAAAGACGUGUACCUUUGGUAUUGUGCUCUCAUCAGCCCUACAGAAGGACGAUGACUGCAAAAAAACAUCAACAAAAGCUGCACAGAAAAGCAGGGCUAUCGCGGUCCACUGCUGCCGGCCCACCCGAUGGACCUCAGCCCCCACCCCAGCCGGCUAGCUCGGGUUGGUUUGGUCUGCGGCCGAGGUUCGGCCUCCUUCGUACCCUCCCCCUUUUGUCUCGUUGACAGCAAAGGCGGACUGUGGAGGAUUAGCCCUGCCGGGGGAUUUGCCUACUCACUGAGGCAAAAUGCCUAAAAACUGCCCGUGCGGCCUCACAGUUCCUGGCCAGUCCGGCCCUUGUCGACGGGGUAGAGGGAGGAGGAGAGGUGGCGGGACAAGUGGGUCGGACUCUGACUGGCUCGACUAAGGGAUCUCCCAGAAAGCACGUCCUUCAUUCGCCGUUACCCGCCUGCAAAGUUCAGACUCGGCAAGCUCUCACGGCGCCUGAUAGGUAGGCAACAUCUUGCCUGCAGUGCAUGCGUGAACUGCGGGGUGGCCUACCCGGAGUCUCGCAGGCGUCUAGCUCCCGUAAUUUGCCUUACAAUAACAGACGUACUUUCUGGACGAUCCGUUACCGAAGCUAGCUGCUAUGAGAAGCUCGCAGUGAACCGUCAUAGCCCUGGGGAAGAAAGCAAGUUUCCGUGCACUGUUUCUUAAAGAUUGAAGAGGCGUCUUAAAAUCGUUAGAGGGUUCAACAUCACUGCUCUCUAGUCACCUUGUUGCCUUCCCUAGUCAUUAUUUGUAAUGUGUAAGAUAAACUGUAAAUAAAUCGUAUAUUUACGGAAUCUUUCUAAUGAGAGCUUGAGAAAUGAUUUUGCUCCGCUGGUCGGUGAUAGUCCUUAGAACGGACAAAAAGUUCAGUUGACAUUACAUGACGUAUAGAGAUGUGACUGUUACGGACUGUGACCCAAAGAUAUUAAAACAUUCAGCAUUUCAAUGUUUUCAAGUUUACCAUUCUGGUCUCUGUUCCUUUAUAUCAGAAGCGUUCUUAGCCAUGUAGACUCUACUCUAUUGUGUGCUUAAACAAUUAUAACAAUCUCAUCUUCGGAUCUUGUACUGUGUAGUCUAAGGGUGUACUGAUUUUUUCAAUGGAUUUAAUUGUACUUUUCGCAUUAUUUAUUUAUGAUUGAUUAAGUCAGCUCCAAUUCUUUUAAUGUAGGGAUGUGUAUGAUGAAUAUCAAGUAUUAAAUUAAUCUGAGUAGCCAAA